UCUGAGUCCAGACUACCCAGAAUGCUUCGAGAGUCAGAGGGAGGAUGAGGUGCUGGAGAGUACGGAUGAAGAGCAGAGGAGGAUCAACACAGAUGCAUUUAUGAAGAUCACGGUUUACUUCCUGAGGAGUAUGAAGCAGGAGGAGCUGGCUAAUCGUCUGCAGAAUCAACAUUUAACAGCAGUUUGUCAACAUAACCUUAAAUCCUGCCUGAAGACAAAUUUCCAGUGUGUGUUUGAGGGAAUUGCUCAAGCAGGAAACCCUACCCUUCUGAACAAGAUCUACACAGAGCUCUACAUCACAAAGGGUGGGACUGGAAAGGUCAACGAUGAACAUGAGGUCAGACAGAUAGAAACAGCGUCCAGGAAAUCACACAGACCAGAAACAAUCAUCAGACAAGAAGACAUCUUUAAACUCCCACCUGGAAGAAAUGAACCAAUCAGAACAGUGAUGACAAAGGGAGUGGCUGGCAUUGGGAAAACAGUCUUAACACAGAAGUUCACUCUGGACUGGGCUGAAGACAAAACAAACCAGGACAUCCAGUUCAUGUUUCCAUUCACUUUCAGACAGCUAAAUGUGCUGAAAGAGAAAAAGUUCAGCUUGGUGGAACUUGUUCAUCACUUCUUUACUGAAACCAAAGAAAUGUGCAGAUUUGAAGACRUCCAGCUGGUCUUCAUCUUUGAUGGUCUGGAUGAGUGUCGACUUCCUCUGGACUUCCAGAGGAACCAGGUCCUGACUGAUGUUACAGAGUCCACCUCAGUGGAUGCUCUGCUGACAAACCUCAUCAGGGGAAACCUGCUUCCCUCUGCUAGGCUCUGGAUAACCACACGACCUGCAGCAGCCAAUCAGAUCCCAGCUGAGUGUGUUGACAUGGUGACAGAGGUCAGGGGCUUCAAUAACCCACAGAAGGAGGAGUACUUCAGGAAUAGGUUCAGAGAUAAAGAGCAGGCCAGCAGGAUCAUCUCCCACAUCAAGACKUCACGAAGCCUCCACAUCAUGUGCCACAUCCCAGUCUUCUGCUGGAUCACUGCUACAGUUUUGGACCACGUGUUGAAAACCAGAGAGGGAGGAGAGCUGCCCAACACCCUGACUGAGAUGUACAUUCACUUCCUUCUGGUUCAGAUCAAAGUAAAGAAGAUCAAGUAUGAUGGAGGAUCUGAGACAGAUCCACACUGGAGUCCAGAGACCAGGAAAAUGGUAGAGUCUCUGGGAAAACUGGCUUUUGAGCAGCUGCAGAAAGGAAACCUGAUCUUCUAUGAAUCAGACCUGACAGAGUGUGGCAUCAAUAUCAAAGCAGCUUCAGUUUACUCAGGAGUGUUCACCCAGAUCUUUAAAGAGGAGAGAGGUCUGUACCAGGACAAGGUGUUCUGCUUUGUCCACCUGAGUGUUCAGGAGUUUUUGGCUGCUCUUCAUGCCCAUCUGACCUUCAUCAACUCUGGUGUCAACCUGAUGGAAGAAAAACAGCAAACAUCUAUUAUGUGGUCCAAUUUAUUUAAAAACAUCCAUCUCCAUCUCCAUAACCUCCAUCGGAGCGCUGUGGACAAGACCUUAGAGAGUCCAAAUGGACACCUGGAUUUGUUCCUUCGAUUCCUCCUAGGUCUUUCACUGCAGACCAAUCAGACCCUCCUACAAGGACUGCUGACACAGACAGGAAGUAGCUCACAGACCAAUCAGACUCUCCUACGAGGCCUGCUGACACAGACAGGCAGUAGCUCACAAACCAAUCAGGAAACAAUCCAGUACAUCAAGAAUCUGAUCAGUGAGAAUUUGUCUGCCGAGAAAAGCAUCAAUCUGUUCCACUGUCUGAAUGAACUUAAUGAUGGUUCWCUAGUGGAGGAGAUCCAACAGUCACUGAGUUCAGGAAGUCUCUCCACAGAUGAUUUGACUCCUGCUCAUUGGUCAGCUCUAGUCUUCAUCCUACUGUCAUCAGGAAAAGAUCUGGACGUGUUUGAUCUGAAAAAAUAUUCUGCUUCAGAGGAGGUUCUUCUUAGGCUGCUGCCAGUGAUCAAAGCCUCCAAAAAAGCUCUAUUGGGUGACUGUACCCUCCACAAGGAAACGUGUGAAGCUCUGUCCUCGGUUCUUAGCUCCCAGUCUUCCAAUCUGAGAGAACUGGACCUGAGAAUCCAUAAAUCCGGAUUGAAACCUCUGUCUGAUGGACUGCAGAGUCCAAAUUGUAAACUGGAAAUACUCAGGRUGUCAGGCUGUCAAAUCACAGAGGAAGACUGUGAUUCUCUGGCCUCAGCUCUGAAGUCAGACCGCUCCCAUCUGAGAGAUCUGGACCUGAGCUACAAUCAUCCAGUGGACUCAGGAGUCAAGCUGCCGUCAGCUAAACUGAAGGAUGCAGACUGGAGUCUGGACACUCUCAGGCUGAAGCCUGCUGGAGUCUCAUGUCCAACAUCAGACCUGGGAAACUAUUCCUGUCAGCUCACAAUUGACACAAGCACAGUGAGCAGAAAACUGAAARUGUCUGACAACAACAGGAAGGUGAUACGUGUGUUGAGAGAGCAACCAUACUUAGAUCAUCCUGACAGAUUUGAUUUUCCUCAGUUUCUGUGUAGAACUGGUCUGACUGGUCGCUGCUACUGGGAGGUCGAGUGGCGAGGAAGAGUUGAUAUAUCAGUGAGUUACAGAGGAAUCAGAAGAAGAGGAGGCAGUGAUGACUGUCUAUUUGGUUGUAAUGAUCAGUCCUGGAAACUGGAGUGCUCUGAAGACGGCUACGUUGCCUGUCACAACAACAGGAAAACCCACAUCCCUUCCUCGUCCUCCUGUGCUUCCAGCAGAGUAGCUGUCGAACUGAAUUAUCCUGCUGGCAUUUUGUCCUUCUACGAAAUCUCUGGCUCACAGAUCCACCUCCACACCUACAACACCACAUUCACUCAAACUCCUUAUCCUGGAUUUGGAGUCUGGUUUGGUUCAGUUAGUUUAUUAAAGUUUUGUUGCUGAGUUUGAUGUUUGAGGUCUCCUCCUGUCACAGAAUCCCUCUCACAGGUUUUUGGAUUCAUGGAUUCAAUCUGUUUCUUGUUUAAAUUCUUCUAAAUGACUCCAUGGAAACUUCUUCCUUUUCCGGUCCUUUAAAGAUGGAAGCUGGGUUUCAUCCAGGUUCCAAAUGUUGAAGUGAAGUGAUCAGGAUGUUGUGUUGCAUCCUGGCAGCUGCAGUUAGUUUUCUGUGCUUGUGAAAACUGUGAGGUAAGAGAGGAAUCACUGAGCUGGCAAUCAGACAAGAUUAAUUUACAAACUGUGGCCCCAAUUAAAAAUCAGGCAACUUAAAUUUAUAUCUCAGCCUUAGUUAAAUGAGGCCAACCGUGUAGCCAGAAGGCAAUGCAGAAAAUUGGAGCACAAAUUGAAAAAUGACAAACGACAUGUUUCUUUUAUUAAGUUAAAAACGUGUUAGGAAUUUUAUGUUAAAAUUCACUGUAAAAUCAGAGAAAAAAAAACAUUUUCCCCAAAUUAUUGCAUCAAACUUUCAUAAUUCCUGUGUUUUUUUAAAGCCAUUAAUUGUAUUUUAAACAUGCCUUAUCCUCAUUCUACAGUUGACCCAUCUGUCUUUGUCCCUUGCUAAGUUGUCUUCGUUAAUUUUAAACCCGUUUCUCUUAUAUUUUUAAGGACAUGUUGGUCAUAGAAAUCCAACAGAUUUUCCUGCUGACCCCUGCAUCCUUUUUUAAAGAAGUUUGAACCUCUGUUGUAACAUCUAUUUUUGCUAUCAUGAAUAUAAUGAUUGUGGUCCCAAAGUGGAUUUACAACUGCAUGUUUAAAAACAAAAUAAAAAAACCUGGACUUGACCCUUAGUUUGUUUGAAUUUCAGACCAAUCUUAAAACUUUAAACCAUUUUAAAUUCUUGGAAACAAUAGUUUUUAAGAUUCGAGAUUCAAAGUGUUUAUUGUCAAAUACACUGAUGAAAACAUGUUUCCCUGAGCAAUGAAAUUCUUACUUUGCGGACCAUUCUGAAU